UUCGUUACAUAUGUUACUAUUUUUUGAUAUUAGUUUAACUUCAUCCAGAAAUAGAUGUAGAUUAACAGUUCCAGUUGAAGAUAGAGUUUCAGUGAAAAUUUCUUUGCCCGAAAGCGUUAUUGGAAUUUAGCCAAAAUGCCACCAAAAAGGAAAUACAACGCUAGCGUCGGCAAAAUGAGCGUCGGGACAUCCGCCUCGAAAAGGAAAAGAAAGGCAAUUGUGAAAAUCCACCCUUUGUAUCAGUUUAAAGCCAUAGUCCGAUUGGUCAUAAGCAACAUGAUCUGGCUAGCCGACACCACUCACAGGGAAUUGGGAACCAAUCCGGAAGUCAACGCGUACAUCAUCGCUCAUAGAAGAGUCAAAAAACAAAUAUUACAAUUGCCGGAUAAGAUUUGCUUAAAACAACCGCCAGAUCGCCGAAAUCCGGAGGACAUCGACUUGAUAAACUCCAAACUUCGAAUUUUCAAAUCUUUCCAGGCCUACCCGGAAGACUUAAGAAGGUCUUUGAUAUCGAGAGCGACAUUCAACGCCUGGCCGAAAGGGCGCGUCUUGGUUAGGCAAGGGCAUCGCGCAAAUUAUGUGUACUUCAUUACGGAAGGAAUCGUCGAUUCGGAUCAAGAAUAUUCAGAUCCGCUUUUCCCAGGUGAAAUACAACACAACAUUGAUCAGUACAGGGAAGGAGACAAUUUCGGAAGUCUCGCCAUAUUCUACAACGAGCCGCAUUACAGCACGGUGACAGUAGCUUCCGAUCAGGUCGAAGUGUUGAUGCUCAACAAGGAAGAUUUCGUCAGCUUGCUUGAAACGACCGUGCACAAACAGUGGAACGAGGUCAGGUGGGCGUUGGGGAAGUUUCCCCAGUUCAACAAAUUCCCGGAGAGCGCGAUCAGGGCCAUUUGCUCAUUUUCUAAUUUAAUCACUUACCGCCCUAACACUAUCAUUCCACUGAAAGACAACACGGGGACGGAAAUCGCGACGUUCGUGGUGGACGGUACGUUGCAGGUCGUUCAAAUCCUUCUCAUACAAGAGGACAAAACUAAAACAACCAUCCGCCAAAGAUAUCGGCUUUAUCUUCAACAAAACCACCCGUUAGACGAGAGCCUUCCUCCGAACGUCAAACAGUUUUUUAUGCAGACGUGCACAUUAAAAAGAAGAUGCGUCUUCGGCUUGGGGGAUCAAAUGUCGAAAAACACGGUCAUCUGUGAAAACGAAGUUCUUGCUCUUAUAAUACCGAGAUUUGUUCUGAACAGAUACAACCCGGCUAAUAUUUGGGAACGGGUUGUAGGCAUAUUGGACAUGACUUACCCUAGCUUGGACGAUAUUUACAACUCUUUCAUCGAGGGAAAGAGAUGGUUCCAAUACAAAAAAAAGCAGACGAAAAAUAUAUCAUCUAAGAAGAAGAACCCACAAAUGAGUAUGCACGACGUUCCACUUCUGAUACGUGCCAGACAUUUACGCAUUCGUGGCAAACUUUACGAUAAAGUAACCUCAAUGCCACUGUAUAAGUUCGGUGAAUUGGAUGUGGAAACCGCAACCAUGCAAAUCAAAGAAUUCAGGGAUCGUAUAAGAAAUAAACAAGCGGAGAAAGAUCAAGAGCAAAAGGAAAAUUUCUACAAAGAAAGAGAAUUGAUUAGAGAAAGAUUCCAAGCUUUGAAAAGAGAAGGCGGUCUCGCGGAGGCCAAAAAAGCGCUGGAAGAAUGCCGUACAAUGGAUUCGAUUGUCGAAAACGCUCUUGCCAUAAUAAACGAAUUAAACACAAAGACCGGAACUACGGGAAGUAUCAGUAAGAUCGGGAAAUUCUAAAUAGAAUCACUAAGUAAAAUCAAACAAAUUAUAGGUAAGCAUAACCUUCAAAUUAUAAUGUAAAUAUGAAAAAUAAAUUUUUGG